AUGGGUGAUAGUGCUACCCCCGAAGCCCCUUCUAACCCUCCUCCUGUGGAACGUUCGCGUGAGGAAGGUCGAGAGCUGAAGUUGCUUCACUUCAUCUACGACCAACCGAACCGUGAUGAGAUCCAGGGCAACCCUGCCAAGGUCCUGGAUCUGAUCGAAGAGUUCGGUAAAACGUACCACUUCAUGAACAUCGGUCGGGCCAAGGGCAAAUUCAUCAUCGACAUCAUCGAGGAAAAGAAGCCCGAAGUGAUGAUCGAGCUUGGUGGCUAUGUUGGCUAUUCGGCCAUUCUGUUCGGAGAUGCCGUGCGUCGGGCUGGCGGACGGCACUAUUACAGUCUAGAGUUGAAUCCCGAAUUUGCGGCCAUUGCGAAUAUGCUGCUUGAGCUGGCGGGCCUGCGCGACUUUGUUACGAUACUCGUUGGUCGGAGCGAUUUGUCCCUUGACAAACUUUUCUCGAGUGGCGAUGUCAAACAGGUUGAAGUGAUGCUUAUUGAUCACUAUAAGCCUGCGUAUACCGCCGAUCUGAAGCUCUGCGAGCAGCUCGGCAAGAUCGUGCCCGGGGUUUCAGUAGUGGUGGCGGACAACGUGCUCUACCCCGGCAACCCGCCGUAUUUGGAGUAUGUCCGCAGCACAGUGGAGCAGAAGCGUGAAGCGGCCAAAAAGGGACCGGUCCAGACAUAUGACACAACCAGCCUGCCACAGCGAUCAGUCGGGUCAUUCAUGCCUGCGGAUGCAACUCCCAGCUUUGAACUGACCGGAAACCCGAAUCUGGUGUAUGAGAGCAAAUUGGUCAAACCCGAGACCACACGAGUGAGUUUCACCCGUAUUUCCGGGGGGAGUGAGUGA